GCUUUGAAAACCAACUCUCUAAUAAUUUUCCAUCCCAAUCACACACACGAAUAUAUAUCCGUGUGUAGUUUCUUCAAACCUACGUCCAUUUUGUGACUCAAGUGAUCAAAAAAAUGACGAUGAACAUCACUAUAAAGAAAUCAUCAAUCAUUAGCCCAUCAGAGACCAUACCAGAUUCUAAUUCUAAGCAGCUAUGGACCUCUGAUUUGGAUUUUAUUGUUGGUAGAAUCAAUAUACGUACCGUUUAUAUAUACAAACCAAAUGGAUCCACUACAGAUUUCUUUGAUGCUGAUGUUAUGAAAAAGGCGCUGGCUGAUGUGCUUGUCUCGUUCUAUCCAGUAGCAGGGCGACUGGAUAGAGACGAGAGUACUGGCAGGAUGGUCAUAAAUUGUAAUGGAGAGGGAGUUUUAUUUGUUGAGGCGGAAUCAGAUUCCACCUUGGAUGACCUUGGAGAGUUUACACCAUCGGCCGAGUUGCAACGUCUUACUCCCUUUGUUGAUGAGUCUGACGACCUUUCCUCCUAUCCUUUAUUUUCUGCACAAGUAACUCAUUUCAAAUGUGGAGGAGUUGCUCUUGGAUGUGGAUUAUUACAUACGAUUUCGGAUGGUCUAUCAGCCAUUCAUUUCAUAAACACAUGGUCGGAAGUUGCUCGUGGGGUCCCGAUAACCACCCAUCCCUUCAUUGACCGAACCCUACUACGUAAUAGAGAACCACCCGCCCCAACACAUGACCAUAUCGAAUACCAACCCCCACCAUCCUUAAUCACCCAGAGUUCCCCUUCUAAAUGCUCCACAACCAUUCUAAAGCUCACACGAGACCAACUCGACACCCUCAAGGCUAAAACCAAGAGAGAUAAUGAGCACAUUCCUAGCACAUACGAGGUCCUAGCGGCUCACAUAUGGCAAUGUGUAUGUAAGGCUAGACGUCUCCCGGAUGACCAACUGACUAAACUACACACAGCCACAGAUGGAAGGUCAAGAUUGAUUCCUCGGAUCCCGCCUGGCUUCCUCGGAAAUGUGAUUUUUACAAUGGCAGUGGUAGCCAAAUCAGGGGAUGUUAAAUCAAAGUCUCUGUCACAAGUGACGGAAAUGAUUCAUAAUGCGUUGAACAAAAUGAACAACGAUUAUAUGAGAUCGGCUAUUGACUACCUGGCUGUACAACCUGACCUGACUAGUCUAGUUCGAGGACCUGGUUACUUUGCUAGCCCGAACCUAAACGUGAACUCUUGGACUAGAUUACCUGCAUAUGAUGCGGAUUUUGGGUGGGGUCGACCGGUGUUUAUGGGACCCGCAUGCAUAUUGCAUGGGGGUACCAUAUUCAUUUUACCUAGCCCAAAAAAGGAUGGAAGUGUAUCAUUGGCAGUUUCCUUGGAUGCAAAUGAACAGCCACUUUUUAAGAAGUUGUUGUAUCAUGAAUUGUAAAAACAACCAAUGUAUUCUGGGCAAUUACUUAAUGUACGUGUUAUUAUUAUUGUUAUUAUUAUUAUAUUCAUUUUCUUUGUGAUAAUAAAUUGUAAUAAUGACAGCCCAAAUUAUUGAUUGAGUCGAUC